AGUCGUGUCGCGGCGGUUGCCGAGUGCACUCCAAGUCGCAAAUUCUCGUGUGUACAUACAAUAUAUAAACUGUGAUACAUCACUCUUCGCUUUUCGUAUAAAUACUACAUCAACUGUCACUUCGACUCACUUUUUUUAAAAAAGUCACUUUUUUUAAGAACCAAUUUUUUCAAAAUAUUCACUUUUCAAUACGCAAAAGGCAAAAGAAAAAUGUCAAAUCACCAACGAAAGAUUGGCUCUCGAGUAAGAAUCGACAAAGGAUUGAAAAUUGGACGCAGGAGAUGGUGAAAAGAAUGAAAUAACGAUCCGAGCACGACCUAAAGCGAAUAUAUUUUGACCCCGGGGGGCCUCCACAGGAGACAAGCUCUCGAGGCCAGGGUAGAGAGUGAGGAUGGACGAAUUCGAGGACUGUAGUGACUUUCCUGCAGAGACAAAGUUAGCGUGCGAUUUAUUGUCGGGACGUGUGACUUUGACUACUACUACUACGACGAAGUGGUUUCAAAAUCCCUGCGCACUGAUGAUGAUGAAAAUAAUAAUGCGACGACAGUGAUUGUAAAGAUCACGGGGGUCUUUGGGCGUGGAUUUGGACGAUUAUGCAUCACGGGUCAAAUUAUGGAACCGGGCCCCAGGAACGGGUACAUCAGCAGCAGCAACAGCAGCAGCAGGCGGCCCGGACUGGGAUUAUUUCGGAGAAAUGUCCCUAUGAAACCUACACGACACAGAUCCCGGAUUGCUGUGCAGCCGCAGCUGCAGUUGCUGCCCAGGAUCCCUAUCCCCGCCCACCCAGUAGCUACGAUGGAAUGUGUUUCGACGACUGUCAUCGCAGAACGCCUUAUCAGGAAGAUUCCUAUUCCCAGCGACCACAGUCCAGAUUGGGAUAUGAAGACCAAUCUCGAGUGGGAUUCACCGCGGAUUCCAGGUGCACCAGCAGACUGGGUUACGAUGAGACGAGGGGCGGCUACCUGGACCAAAGUGAUCCGAGAAUGUACUGCACGGGAGGUUACUGCAUGGGUGAUACGAUGAUGGCGACAAGGGGAGUUUGUGGCGAGGACGUUGAGCUCGACAUGCAGAGGCAUAUUCAAGCUUGCGCUUGCACCUGCAACCACAUGGGUUACGGAAAUUACAUGGACUAUCAGACAACGUGCCUAACAGAACUGCCGGAUGUGGCGCCGUGCAAUGGAACUGUGCGGCUUCCACCAACAUGCGAGGAAUCUCCUAGUAGCGGAAGUAGCAAGGAACGCAGAGAUGAGAGUCCUCGGCGGAAAUGUCGAGUUCUAGCACCUAUCUUGCUUUUGGUGGCAGCCCUGCUCCUCGGAGGCCUCUGUCUGCCAUUGUUACUACAAUCCUCCCCUGUCACGCACCAACAACGAUUGGACGUGAUUAGAAGGAUUCUUACUGAAGUGCCUCUGAUCGACGGGCACAAUGAUUUGCCCUGGAAUGUCAGAAAGUUCGUUCAUAAUCAAUUGGGUGAAGUAAAUCUGAGCAGUGACUUGGGAAGAGUUGAUCCUUGGGCCAGAUCAGACUGGAGUCACACUGAUAUACCAAGGUUACGAGCUGGAUUAGUCGGAGCGCAGUUUUGGUCGGCUUAUGUUCCUUGUGGAGCGGCACAACUCAAUGCCGUUCAACUUUCCUUGGAGCAAAUCGACGUAAUUCGGCGACUAGCAGAAAUGAAUGCUCAACAUUUAACUUUGGUUACUAGCGUCAAAGGUCUAAUCGAGACUCAUCGCGAGGGAAAAAUAGCGAGCCUGAUCGGAGUCGAGGGUGGUCAUUCCCUCGGGAAUUCUCUAGGAGUGUUAAGAACAUUUUAUGGUUUGGGAGCCCGUUACCUCACCCUAACGCAUGCCUGUGACACUUCCUGGGCAGUCUGUUCGCUGGGUGAAACAAAUAGUACUGAAACCUCGGCGCCUGGCCUCAGUGAAUUUGGAAAGGCCGUCGUUAGGGAACUAAACAGGCUUGGGAUGUUGGUGGACCUGUCUCACGUUUCAACAAGAACGAUGAGAGCAGCCCUGCAGACGACAAGAGCGCCGGUGAUUUUCUCGCACAGCGCAGCAAGAGCGCUCUGUAAUUCUAGCAGGAACGUGCCAGACGACGUGCUCAGAAAUCUGGCAAAGAAUGGAGGCGUAGCUAUGAUUCCCUUUUAUACGUAUUUCAUAACAUGCAACAGCACAGCAACCAUUAAAGACGUGAUUGCGCACAUCAAUCACGUAAGGAACGUGGCGGGCAUCGAUCACGUCGGCAUAGGAGCAGGAUUCGAUGGAAUAAAUUUCACACCUACCGGCCUGGAGGAUGUCUCCAGAUAUCCUCAACUCCUGGCAACAUUGUUAGAAGAUCCAUUAUGGACCGAGGAGGACAUUAAAAAAUUGGCUGGUCUCAAUCUACUUCGAGUAUUCGCCAAAGUCGAACAAAUUCGAGACGAAUGGCAAAGGGCAGCGGUACUACCAGUCGAGAAAAUAAGCCCACCAGAGAAUUCUGCCUGCGCAUACAGAGCGUCCUGAUCUCAAGAACUACUAACUUCAGGGACUCUGGAUUAGGCUCAUUUCGCCAAAAAUAAAAAAUGACUCUCGUGAGACCGACAUUAAUACAAUCAGUGUGUCUUUGCGUACCGAGUGUUACGAAAAAAUGGGAGAAACUAAAUGACUUAUUAAAAGGCAAUAAGUCCGAGUAAAUUUUUUCAUAGACUCUAGUAUCAAGAAUUCUUUAAAAUUUCCAAAAGAGUGCGACUUAUCAUCUUGCGAAUUUAAUUAAGAAUUAGAAAUAACAAGAAUCGACGUUCCCCCCCCAAACAAUUGUUAACUCCUCCUUUUUAUAACAAAAAAAAAACCUUAAUAUUUUCUAAGCUGAUUUUUUAAAAAAACAAUUUUACACAUUUUAUUACUAGUGAAAAAAUAAAAAUAAUUUAAUAUUUCACUUUUUAUAGGAACAUAAGUUUACAUAUGUGAACAAAUAAAUACCGGUUUUCUUUUUGUACCAAAAACAUUUUUCUAUUUUAACACUUAAAUUCCGAAUAUAAGUACAUGACACUAUUCGGACUAUUAGACAAAUUAAAAAAAUAUGUCGAGUCUUGAAAUUUCAAGUUUUAUCAACAAAAAAAAAUAACGACUCUUGAAAAAAAUUACACGCGCAUAAUUAAAAUCGUGAUUUCUUAAUUUUUAGAUAGAAUUAAAAUAUACACACGAAAGAGACCAAAAUCGCCAAUGUUCUUCAAAAUAAAAAAAAAAAAACAAGAUCAACAUUUAAAAGAUUCGAAAAUUCAGGGCUACGAGUGCCAAAAAAUGUUAAAUCGUUUUUAAUCAACACAGUAUUAUGAAUUAGAAAAAUGAAAAAAAAAACUUGACAGUAGCGUCGUAUUUAGAUAACAAAUAUUAAAAUGAGCAGCAUUUCAUUAAACUCUUCGCAUUUUUUCCUGCGAGAAAUAUUCAAAAUGUUUAUCUUUUUCGCAAAACAACUUUUAAACUUAUUGUUUUUAUAUUAAAAGAAAAAAGAGAGAAUUUUUAAAAAGUAGAAAUACUGCUAUUAACAGAAAAAAAACAGCACUGAAUGAAAUUAGAAUAAAUGAUAAAAAAAAAGAAAAGAAAUAUGUUGUAGAAAAAGAAAAAAAAAAUUAUCUCAGUAGUUUUAUCAAAGCACUUUUACCAUUUUUGCAAUCAGCUUUUGUGUACAGUGCGAUUUGUUGAAAACAAGUAAAAUAUUGCUAUUCAUCUCUACAGUUGAAACAGUGCACGCAAAUUACAAAAAAAAAACAAUUCCAAAUAGUAAAUAAAACUAAUAAAUAUUAAUUUAUGGUUAAAAUAUUAAUUUAUGGUUCACUUA